AUGGGGAUGGCUAAGCUUUAUUGCUUUGCAUUGGUCCUUGUCUUGGCCUUCGGCCUGAGCAGCUCCGCGAGGGUGCCUCGUGGGAGAGAGCACUACGUGAAAUUUAUCAACAAUCUCAGCAACAAAGUACUCAAUGUCAACUGCAAAAAUCAGAAACCCUACAUUGAUCUGGAACUUCAAAUUCUUCUGCCCAAGGAGGAGUACGAAUUCAAAUACAUUGUUGGGCGAGACGUGGCUUUCAGCUGUGACCUGCGACAUGGGUUUACAAGCAAGGCAUUCCCUGUCAGUGAUAGAGCAAUCACAAGAGAAUGCGGUGGAAACCAUUGCAAUUGGAAAGCACAAGAUGAUGGAGUUUACCUACUCAACCCGAAAACGAAUCAGUACAAGUUCAAGUUUGGAUGGGGAAAGUGA